AUGACCGGGCGCUUCACCCGGCCGCAGUGGUCGUUGGCUACGGGGCGGUACUAUGGAAGCAGCGAACACUCAGCCGCCAGCUCGUGCAGCACGCACACGCUGAAGGUGAAUCAAACGGAGCGCUACCGGCCGGGCCACGGUGACAGCGGUACGUACAGCUUGAACCAGCGAGACUCACCCAGUCGCACCAUGAGCAACACCAGCGUAUCGGUCUCCCCCAUGGGCAGCAGCAGCCCACAGGAGUGGGGCCGGUCCUUCCGCCUUUUCAACUCCGGCCGUUUUUUCACGAGCGCCUCCGGUUCACGGCAGCGCGAUGGCAGCAUUGGGCAGUUGUAUCGAAGCACCUUACUCCAGAGUCGGCACGGCCGCGGCAGCAGCAUUGGACCAGACGCCGAGAGACUACACCUCGGGAACUCCAUGAACCAUCAGCCGCAGUGCAGCUUCUUUGGCACAUCUGGCAGUCAAGGUGGGCGCUACUCUUUCUGGCCUUCUGAUAUAAAUGUCAGCGGCGUGCUGACGGUAGCUUCCCCGUACGCGGCACCUAACCAGUCCGCGUUUCUGUCAACCGCGAGUCCACUGUUAGGCUCGACUCGUGUCCUCGGGACAGGCAUCUCGCCUCGAGGACGAGCAGACGGGCACGCUGUACAUCGUGUCGUCGCGUCGUGCGCAAUGGGCUCGGUAGUCUGCCCUGUCUCACCGGGUCGGAACGAACUGCCUUUGGUGAUGAAUGCCUUGCGCACGCACAUUGCGCUUCGCGGCAAGACGAUCAUUCAAGGCGACGCCGCGCACCCGCUGUGUAUUCGCAAGGGUCCCCUUAUCGGCGCAGGCGGCUUCGCGAAAGUCUUCGCCGGUGUCGACACGGUACGUGGUGAGCUGGUUGCCAUCAAGGAGAUUGACAUAUCCGGCGUGGACGACGUAAAGGCACUCAACGUGAUCGGGGCGGAGUUCGCGCUUCUCAAAUCGCUUCAUCACCCUAACAUUGUAAGCUACUCUCUCUUUGAGCAUAGCAAGUCGCAGCAAGUUUGCCGCAUCGCGAUGGAGCUGCUCGCUGGUGACUCUACUCUUCACCUGCUGCAGAAGUUUGGGCCGCUGACGGAGGCCGUGUUGCGUAUCGUGACGCGGAGCAUUUUGCGCGCCAUUCGCUUUAUCCACAAGGAGGGCAUUUUUCACAGAGACAUCAAACCAGCAAACAUCCUCGUCAGCCACCGCGGCGAGGUAAAGCUGUGCGACUUUGGCUGCAGCAAACGCGUGUCAGAGCUGAAUAAAGCAACCAGCUGCAUUAUUGGUACACCAGUGUACAUGGCCCCUGAAUUCAUCAAGGGCGAGGCGAAUCACAAGGCUGAUAUAUGGUCCAUGGCAUGCGCUCUUUUCGAGCUGAGCACCGGGCUGUUACCAUGGUACCACUCCGGCGUCAAAGACAAUCUCCCUCUCAUGUUCUUCAUCACAACGACGUCAGAGUCUCCCAUGGUACUGCCCUCAUCAGAGGCCAAGAGUGAGUUCUCUGCCGAGUUCCUCCACUUCAUGGAACUCUGCUUCACACGCAACGUGACAAAUCGCCCAGAAGCGGAAGAUUUGCUGAAGCAUCCGUGGAUCACGGGGUCGAGGCUAGCGCCUGUACCAAACCCACCCAGUACUUUCUUGUCUCUCCACCAAGAAAAUACCGCCGGAUUUCGCGGUGUCAGCUCGCCUGGGAGGUCGUCCACGUUCUCCAGCCCGCGAGACUCGGCUGCGGACCGCGAUGACAUCAGCUUCAAUGGCAGCGAGGGCUUGCAAAGGUCCGUGUCCACCACCCCAACUUUCAGCCCUGCCGAGGAGGAGGUGGCAUGUCAGCAAGAGUUGGAAACCGUGGCGGCGGCGACGGCGUUGGACCUCUGCUCCAUGCUCGUGUGCUCACUCCAAAUUCCUCCUCGCGCUCCCCAGGACCCUGUGACAGGGGAAGUGGGUUCUGUAACUGGCAACACUAGUCCCUUGCUCACGCGCACUGUCUCGGUCCACUCACCUGCCCUUUGUCAUCGCGGCAGCGGCGUCAGCGCGAGCGUGGCCGAGUUUCCAUCCCUUUUGUAUACACCUGAGCAUUCUAUGGUACACGAAAACUUCUACUACAGUCAAGUGCAGCUGGGGGCAUCUGCUGGUAACUUUGUCUUGCCGCUCGGGCUGGACUUGGAUGGGGUACCUCCGCCGCAGCAGUACCUGCGUAUCAACGAGGAGGGAAACCUUGAUGUCGUGUACCUCCCCGGUGACGAGAUGGAAGACUCAGUUCACGGCAGGCCUGUCGUUGGCGAAAGCACGUGCGGCUCCUUCUACGCUGGGCGUCUGAUAUCUCCAGCGCGUAAUAGUUCGUUUAGCAGAGGCACCCUCAGCCCGCGCGUGGCGGCGGCCUCAAACAUCGUGGGGGUAGCCGACGGUUCUUUCUCUCCGCUUUUUGGCGUCAGUGGUGUAUCCUCUCGUGGAGAGUCGCCUUCACGUGGUGCCCCGUCACUACCGCCAAGUCCGCAAGGCAUUCCUGCACCGCCGAUGCUGUAUCGAUUCGGUCCCACGGCACCGUCUGUGAGUCAGCCACCAAGCCAGAGCGGCUCUGCGCAUACUUCGCACAUCUCGCCGACGUCUGUGUCCAAGGCCGGCAGCAACCGCGACACCGUGACGCCUCACACCCCGCGAUCUAGCUCACCCAUAUCCAUGCAGUGGAGCGAGAGUUUUCGUGGUUUGCCGGAUAAACUAAAGACACACGCUGAUGGGAAGUUGCAUAUGACCUUCUGCGUCAAUACUGCCCCCGGAUGCGCCGUGAACGUGGAGCUGAACGUCGGCGUCGCUGAUGUACAGUGCAAGGUGGUGGAUAACCAGCCAAACUUCGUGGUUGCCUUCACCGAUGACGUGCGCACUCAAAUCGCGCACAGGAUUAAGGAGGUAGCUGAGCAGUCACCGUUGUCCGGCAUUUCCGCCCAGACGCCACGCAGCCAUGCGUCACCCAUGAGCCCGUUGGGCGGAACGGAAACCCGCGGGUCGGUCUCCGCCGGUGGUAGCCAUUUUUACAACUCAUCGCCCUUCUCGCCGGCCUCGCGUCCCACACCGCGUCCACUUUCACGGGUCUCCACGAACAGCGCGCAGGGACUGCUGGCUGUCCAGAGGGAGAGACUUGCCGGCUGCUCGUCCCACUCUGGGGAGGAGGGCUCCGACGUGGGCUCCCAGACGUCAGCACCCGCGGCGCCGGUGUCGAAUAGACACUUCAGCAAGUAG